CAGACAUGGACUCGCAUUCGCUGAGCGCGCUCACGGAUCUGGGAUUUACCGACGAGCAGGCGGCCGUAGCGCUCCAGAUGUCCUCCGGCAACGUCCAGCGUGCCGUCAACUUUCUUCUCGAGAAUGCGCAGGCGACGGAGCAGGUCGGCGCACCUCCAGCCCGCCCGCCGCCGUCCGCGACCACCGAACGCGCGGAGGGGGACCGUGCGCUGCAGGAGGCGCUCGCGGCCUCGCGCCGUGAAGCUGCCGGCGAGUCGAAGCGGCGCGCCGAGGCGCGACAGGCGGAGCUUGCGGCUGCAAGCGCAAACACCGCUUGCCGCGGUGGACGCGCCGCCUCCGCCGCGGCGGCCGCGGCCGAGCGUCGCGCGCAGACUGCAAGCAGCGCGAGCGGCGGCCGCGGCGGAUGCGCCGCCUCCGCCGCCGCGGCGGCGGCCGCGCAAACCGCAAGCAGCGCGAGCAGCGAGACGUCCGGGAGCCGGCCGUCUGGCGGCGGCGGCGCAGCUGCGGCCGCUGCCGCCAUUGCGAGAUUCGCGGCGCCCCAGGCGUCGACAGCGGAGCAAAGAGUUCAGGCGUGCGCUUCGCGGCUCGCGGGAAGUGCGAGGUGCGUGGACGCGCUGAUUGCGUCGCUCGAGCGGGCAAUCGCGAACCCGGAGGACGAGCGCUGCCGCAAGGUGUCGCUCACAAACAAGGCCUUCCGGGAGCGCGUCGGCUCGGUCCCCGGCGGGGUCGACUUUCUGUACGCAGUCGGGUUUGAGCCGAUGCACGGCCACCUCGUGCUGCAGCGGCGGGACACGGCACUGCUGUGGGUGGGCAAGGCGGCGCUGCAGGCGGCGCAGGAGUCGCUGGCGUACCGCGGCUCCAAGGAGGCGCUGCAGCUGCGCGAGGCGCUUCAGCUCUCCAGCUCCGAGUAUGCUGCCGAGGAGGCGGCGAGGAGGCAGGCGUGGCUGCAAAAGGUGCCCGACGAGCCGCCCGAAGGGCAGGCGGGCAGCGCGCUCAUCUGCGUGCACGUGGGGGAGGCGCAGCACUGGCGCCGCUUCGACAGCAGCGAGGUUCUCGAGGACGUCGUCAACUUCGCGCGCUCGCUGCCGGGCGUGCCGCUCGGCCGGCCGAUCGGGCUGUCGAACGUGACGCUCCGACCGGCGGUGCGGCUCGACUUGGCGACGGAGUGCGGCCUCACGCUGCAGCGGCUCGACCUGUGGCCGACAGGCCACCUGCGCGUCGAGGCAGGAUGAGGCGGGAGGACGAGGCGAGUGUGGCGGGGCGGGGUCUCGGGCACGGGUGUCGUGGUGCUGCUGCUGCUGGUAGUGGUGGGUGGGUGCGUGGUG